CUGUGUGAAUGUGCCAUAGCAUAUGCACGAAGGUCAGAGGACAACUUGAGAAAUCAAUUCUCUUAUUCCACCCUGUGGGACCCUGGGAUAGAAUUCAGGCUGUCAGGAUUGGGAGCAACCUCUAACCACUGAGCCAUUUCACCAGCCCUAAAUCAUGGAACAACACUAUGGUCAUCUGAUUUAAAUGUCUCCUCUUACAGAGACCCAAAUGCUAAGCUCUCAGGUACUCUGUCUCAGCUUUCUGUAUUUAUCACCUAACUUCCCUGUGAGUUUUUCAGUGUGUCUUUAACUUCACCAAACCUAGGUCAUCGAUUAUCCUUGAACUCUGCAUUGGGCUGCCAGCUUCCUCAGGGGAAUUCAACGUGGCUGGGUUUUAAUCCCUUAGAAUGGUAGCUUCAGCUGUGAAAGUUUUAGCUAAGAUUUUAAUGACCAGGUUUAAGAAAAUGCAACAGAUAGACCAGCAGGUGUUGCAAUUACGUUCACCAUUAAGAGGCUUUUUGUGAGGGUUUAAAACUUACUAUUAAGACUAUGGUCUGCGCCGCAACUGUGCUCACCAGCGGGGAAGACAUCAGUGUCCCAGAAAAAAAAAAUCAUAUAAAAAGGAAGCUAGGUAGACAGAAACUUCGAAGUACUCAACCUACCAACGGAAGCUCGAUAUCCCUUUGGCUUUCACAUCCAAACAGAGUGGACAUGAUCCUCAAACUGAUGGCCGGCAUUCUACUGCUGACUGUGUGUUUGGAAGGCUGCUCCAGCCAGCACUGGUCCUAUGGGUUGCGCCCUGGGGGAAAGAGAAACACUGAACACUUGGUUGAUUCUUUCCAAGAGAUGGGCAAGGAGGUGGAUCAAAUGGCAGAACCCCAGCACUUCGAAUGUACUGUCCACUGGCCCCGUUCACCCCUCAGGGAUCUGCGAGGAGCUCUGGUGAGUUACAGUCGACACCACAUAGAGCUAGAGACAAAAGGGACUUUGGAUGCAGUGAUCUACCAGUUCCUCAGAUACCUGACUCACUCCUGAAG